AUGAUAAACACAGGUGUGAACGGCGAAGUAACUCGGCUGUCCAACUGGUUUGGAGCACUGAAAGGCAUGCUAAUACCAGACACCCCGGCCUCCAACAGUGGGGAGCUAGAGAGCAGGUCUCUGCAGCAGGACCAUGCUAGGACCAGCCAACCCAUUCGGCAGAACAUUAGUCCCUUUGCUGAGAGGAAUUACCUCAGCCAGGCCGGCUACAUCAGCCCUCAUCCCUGCACUCAAACGUCAGGGAUGAAACGAAAGCCUGAUGAUGACGAUGGAUCUGAAGACCAGCCGUCCAAGAAGAGCAAGCCUGGAUGGUACAGGGGAAAGAACAACUGUCCAGCCACCUCCAGCAGCACCCUGUAUGCCAGCACUAACAUCCAGGCUAGAUCUGCUGCUGUGAGGAACCCUCCUGCCCAGCCCCUGAACCAGAGCGUCAACGGCCACUCCUCAGCGCCUCAGAGCAGCCAGGCCAAGAGCUCCAUUGGGUCAGGAGUUAAAAGAAAGGCUGAUGGUGAUGAUGAUCAUCAUCACACAGUAUCUGACCGAUAUAUAAGGUCACAUGAUGAUAGUAGGAGGUGCCGGAGAGACCACACAAGAACAUCUUCCCAAAGCUGCAACUCACCAAGGGUUAAGAGGAAGAGGUCUCAUGGUGACAACUAUGACUCCGAGAGGUCAGACCAUGAGAGCAAGAGGGUAAAGAAAAGCUCUGCAGCUCCAUCCACCUGCAGCAGCAGCAGCAGUUCAUGUACCCAGACUCUCCAUGUUCGGCCUAUUCGGAGAAGCAUUACACCGGAGCACCACUGUCAGAAGGCAUAA